AUGCCUUUAUCAGGGUUUUUCUUUGGUUCAAUACUAGGUGUCUCUGCGAGUCAGUGGUACGUAUCUAGACUCAAUGGAACUAUUGAAGACGGUUGUGGCCUAGUAAAGUCUCGCCCUUGUAAACAUAUCUACCAAGCAACUACGCUUGCGCACGAAGGUGACGUCAUCAACAUCGACGGGUUGGGAACGUCACGUGAUCCAUACCCCUGCGAUGUCGACACAAGAAUGCACAUACAGUACAUAGCCGGUAUUUCCAUUGCCAGCUACACAACUCAAGCUUUUGUUGCUUGUAGAAACAAAAGCUUGCAACUUUCUUGCGAUUUCAGAAACAGCUCUUCUGGCAGUAUCUUUUUGGAGGGAAUCACUUUCGUAAAUACCUCCCUGAAUCUUGUCGAUUGUUCUCUUAAGAUGUCAGGGGUCAUGUUUGUUAAUAGUUCUAAUGACGCUUUUUCUCUUAAUUUUUCACGUGGUUUCACUGCAACUAUUAGUAUUUCUGGGUGCACGUUCUACAACAUCAGUGGCAGUGGUAUCAAGAUUCGCGGUGAUUCGGUGAACUUGAGCAUAACAGAUACGUUCUUCACUGAAAAUAAGCUCCGUAUGAACAGCUUUGAGAGCGCGCUCCUGAGUAUUUCACCGCAAAGCUUGUCCGCUCAAAUUCAAGUUAACUUAAAGAAUAUCAAUGUCUUAAGAAACAACUGUUCUGGAAAAGCAUGUAUGGAAAUUCGAUCGGGAAGAAAUGGAAUCACAACAAUGCAGAUGAAGUUCGGGAGUAUUGACAAUAACUGUGCAAGAGAAAGUGUGAUUGACAUCAGAGGCACUUCUGUCAUAAACUUAACGAAGAUUCACUUCAGGCAAAACAUUGGCAGGGCUAUCAACAUUCGUGAUGGAAACUCGGUUCAACUUGAAAUUACUAGGAGUACGUUUUUCGAAAAUAAAAUGGCAAAGUCAAUGGAGGGUAGAGAUGGAGGAGCCCUAAGUGUUAAAGGAUUCAGACGAGAAGCCCUCGUUUUCAUGUCGAAGACACUUUUUCGCUCCAAUGCUGGGAUUAACGGUGGCGCAUGCGCAUUCACUGAGUUAACUUUACUAAAGCUGGACAUCAAAAGAUGUCAUUUUAUUCAAAACGAAGGCUCUGGUACAUCUGCUGCAUCUGGCGGCGCGUUGGCUGUUGGAACAAUGGAUUCCCAUCUAAACAAUGCCACUAUCAAUAUUCACGAUUCAAAUUUCACUGGAAAUAAAAUUUACAGUGUGGAUCACUCACCUAGCCUUAGCGGGGGUGGAGCCAUGGCACUUUAUGUGAAUUACAUGAAAGAUCUCACACUGAUAAACACUAGAUUCAUCGAAAAUGCUGCCGAACACAAAGUUGCUGGAGCUUUAUACGUUAUGGUGUCGGGAACACUUUAUCAAGACAUUUUAUUCCUUAACUGUGAAUUCAUUAGGAAUUCAGGCGCUCUAGAGACAGGGACCUUGCAUUUAGUUUUGUUAACGUCACCCCAAGCGCGUGUGAAAAUACAAAACACCAAGUUUAUUAAAAACAAAGCCAGUUUUCUCGCCCAAAACGACAUUUUGGUACAGUUCCGAGGGUUCUUGAAGAUCGAUUCUUGUACCAUUCAACAUAACUUUGGGGGAGGCCUAUUCUUUCAACAUGCGGGUGACGUAUCCUUGGAAAAUACUUUGAUAAGCGACAAUGACAACUUUAUGAUAAGUCUCAAAGCAGGAAUUAAGAGGAACGCAAGUUUUAAGCUAACCAACGUCUCGAUCCUAAGAAACAACUGCAGACGGAAAAGUAAUAUUUUCCACGUGUCUAUGAAUCAAUCGCCAUAUUCCUUGCGUUUUCAAGGGAGUGCCUUCGAGGACAAUUUCUGCCAGUCAGGGGUGGUAGAGAUUUCUGGCACGUCUGACCAUUGCCUGGAAACCAGUGUGAACAGUUUAGGUGCAAUAGAGUACUAAAGUGAUGACGUCAUAAAAAUGAAAUUUCUGAAAUUAUGGGAUUUGUCAGGAUAUUCUGAAAGAACAAUGUCCAAGAGGCCUACUUGCCAAAAAUGAGCAUUUGGAAGCAAAUUUUCUCUGAGAUCGUAGCCAAGUUAUACUCAGAAAACUCCAUACAAACCCUUCUAAUUUUUUCUUGGGUCGACCCAAAAAAAAUUUAGAAGGGUUUGUAUGGAGUUUUGUAAGCAUAACUGGGCUACGAUCUCAGAGACAAUUUACCCCCAAAUGCUCAUUUUUGGCAAGUAGGCCUCUUGGACAUUGUUCUUUCAGAAUAUCCUGACAAAUCCCAUAAUUUCAGAAAUUUCAUUUUUAUGACGUCACACUUUAGUACUCUAUAGUAGCCAUGAACAACACCCUGUUUCGUGGAAAUUCUGGUGUCGCAAAAAGCGCGCUAUCAAUAAUUAUAACGCUGAUGUGA